ACCUGGAAGUGGCUGUCUUCCGAGCCCACGUGUUUCGCACAGCAUGGCGGUGAAGAAGGGUUCUGAAGUUGCGGAGCCUGCGCCUCCCGGAGGGGCGACGUCUGCCGAUCGCCAUGGCCUGCUGGAGCACAGCCGCGAGUUCUUGGACUUCUUCUGGGACAUUGCGAAGCCACAGCAGCAGACGCGGCUGGAGGCCACUGAGAAGCUCUUGACGUACCUGCGCGCAAGGCCGGAGGAGGGAUCCGAGAUGAAGUAUGCCCUGAAACGUCUCAUCACUGGGCUGGGAGUGGGGCGAGAAGCCGCACGCCCCUGUUACAGUGUGGCUCUGGCACAGUUGUUACAGUCUUUCGAAGACAUCCCCUUGUGCAGCAUCCUGGAGCAGGUACAAGAAAAGUAUGAGCUGCAUACAGUGAAGAAGGCAAUGAUAAGACCUGCUCUCUUUGCAAACCUGUUUGGGGUGCUAGCCCUGUUUCAAUCUGGCCGACUAGUGAAGGACCAGAAGGCCCUGAUGAAGUCAGUGAAGCUGCUGCAAGUCCUGAGCCACCACCACAACCACUUACAGGGGCAGCCCAUGCAGGCCCUGGUGGACAUCCUUUCUGAGGUCCCAGAGGCCAUGUUCGAGGAGAUCCUGCCAAAGAUUCUCAAGGCUGAUUUGAAUGUAGUUCUCAGCUCCCCUAAGCACUUGGAGCUCUUCCUCUUGGCCUCCCAGAAGGUACCGGCAAAGCUUGAGUCAUUGAUGGGACCUGUUGACCUGUUCACGGAUGAGAAUAUUCCCAGACUGGUGAAUGUGCUGAAGUCGGCAGCCCCCUCUGUGAAGAAGGAGAACAAGCUGCCCAAUGUGGCCCUGGACCUGCUCCGCCUGGCACUUAAGGAGGACAAGUUCCUGUGGUUCUGGAAGGAGGUUGUGGAACAGGGGCUCCUGACAAAGCCAUCCUGGCCAACCAGCUUCCUGUGUUUCCGCUUGCUGGGCACAGCCCUACCCCUGUUGUCCAAGGAGCAACUGCAGCUGGUGAUGCAGGGAGACUUGGCCCGCCACUUCGGGGAGCACAUGGUCACGGCUAAGCUCUCACAUCAGUCGAAGUUUGUCUCGGAGAUGAGCGAGUAUGUGGGCACCUUCCUGGAGGGAUGCCAGGACGACCCUGAGCGGCAGCUGCUCGUGCUAGUGGCCUUCUCAUCCAUCACCAACCAAGGACUCCCCGUCAUGCCUACCUUCUGGCGUGUUACACGGUUCCUGAGUCCCCAGGCCCUGCAGGACUAUGUGGCCUGGCUGCAGGACAUGUGUCUCCAGCCCAGUCUGGACUCCUUGAUUGACUUCAGCACCGUGAACCAGAAGAGAGUCCAGGAUGCUUCAUUCAAUACACCUGAGCGAGCUACAUUCCGGCUGCGGAAGUGGAUUGUCCACCGCCUGGUCAGCCUUUUGGAUACCUUGCACCUAGAGAAAGAGGAGGCCUUGGUCGAGCAGGUGGCCAGGUUUUGUUUGUUCCACUCAUUCUUUAAGACAAAGAAGCCCACAAGCCAGAUCCCAGAGACCAAGCAGCAGUUCUCCUUCCCUGUGGACAGCCGGACACGAGAGUUCUUCACCAGUGCCUUUUUCAGCCUGCUGCAGAUCCUCAGCACGAAGUUCAGGCACAUACCGGACCAAGCCCAGGGUGGGCAGCCCUGGAUCUACCGCCUGGUGCAGUUAGCAGACACACUGUUGAAUCACAGCCGCAACGUGGCUAUCGUCACACCUUUCACGACGCAGCAGCGCCAGGCCUGGGACCAGAUGCUAGAAACUCUGAAGGAACUGGAGGCCUGCUCCUCAGAGGCCAAGGCCACUGCCUUCCAGCACCUGCUGCUCCUGGUGGGCAUCCACCUCUUCAAGUCCCCCACAGAGAGCUGUGACCUCCUAGGGGACAUCCAGACCUGCAUCAAGAAGAGCAUGGGGGAGAAGACCCGCCGUUCCCGCUCCAAGGCCAUCAGCUCCCAGGAGCCACCAUGGGUGGAAGUGAUGGUAGAGAUCCUGCUGUCCCUGCUGUCCCAGCCCAGCAACUUGAUGCGCCAGGUGGCCCGGAGCGUGUUUGGCCACAUCUGCUCCCACCUGACCCCACGUGCCCUACAGCUUAUCCUGAAUGUGCUGAACCCUGAGGAAAACCAGGAUGAAGAUGAUGCUGUGGUGGUUACUGAUGACUCCGAUGAGAAGCAGCUGAAGGAUGCAGAGGAUGACGGCUCAGACAGCAAAGAAGAAAACUCAGAGAGCGAAGUGGAUAGCGAGGGAGAGGAGAGUGAGGAGGAGGAACGAGACGAGCAUGUGGACCCAGGCUUCCGCCAGCAGCUCAUGGAAGUGCUGCAGGCUGGGAAGGCACUGGGUGAAGUGGACAGUGAAGAGGAUGAGGAAGAGCUGAGCGAUGAGGCCAUGAUGGCCCUGGAUGAGAGUCUCUCCAGCCUGUUUGCUGAGCAGAGGCUGCGCCUCCAGGCCCGGCGUGAUGAGAAGAAUAAGCUGCAGAAGGAGAAGGCGCUCCGGCGGGACUUCCAGAUCCGGGUGCUGGACCUGAUCGAGGUGCUGGUGACCAGGCAGCCUGAGAACCCUCUGAUUCUGGAGCUGCUUGAGCCACUGCUGAACAUCAUCAGGAACAGCAUGCGCAGCAGCAGCAGCAGCAGCAAACAGGAGCAGGACCUCCUGCACAAGACGGCCCGUAUCUUCAUGCAGCACCUGUGCCGUGCCCGACACUACUGCCACGACAUGGGCCACUGCGCAGCGGCUCUGCACACCCAGGUGGAGCGACUGGUGCGGCAGGCCGGCCAGCAGGCUGACUCCUCUGUCGCCCUCUAUUACUUUAAUGCCUCGCUCUACCUGCUGCGCGUCUUGAAGGGCAAUGCCACCAAGAAGCACAUGCUGGAGAGCCAACAGUGCCAGGGAGCCGGUCCCAACCAUGGCCCUGAGGACACAAGCCCUCAGACUGCCAGCUGCCUGGACCUGGACCUCGUGACUCCAGUGUACUUGGCAGCGCUGAGCUCCUUCCUGACCAAGCGCAACAGCCCCCUCACUGUCCCCAUGUUCCUCAGCCUCUUCUCCCGGUACCCGGUGAUCUGUAAGAAUCUGCUCCCCGUCCUGGUCCAGCGCAUGGCUGGCUCAACACGGGCCCGCCAGCAGGCCCAGGCCUGCCUGCUGCUCCAGAAGACCCUGUCUGCACGGGAGCUGAGGGGAUGUUUUGAGGACCCUGAGUGGGAGCAGCUGAUUGGCCAGGUCCUGGCGAAGGUCACGGAGAACCUGUGCACACUGGGGGAGGCGCAGAGCCGGUCAGAGCACCAGAAGCAGCUGUCCUCCCUGGAGUUGCUCAACACUCUGUUCAAGAUGAUCCAUCAUGAGAAGUUGACUGUGGACCUGACCACUCUCCUGGGUGUGCUGCGGGGCCAACAGCAGAGCCUGCAGCAGAGCCUACAACAGGGGGAGCACUCAUCUGGCUCCAGCCGCCUCUACGACCUAUACUGGCAGGCCAUGAAGAUGCUCGGAGUCCAGCGCCCCAAGGUAGAGAAGAAGGACACCAAAGCAGUCCCCAAUGUCUCUGAGAGCCCCAUUAGCAUGAAGCGGAAGAAAAAAGGGUUCUUGCCAGAGACCAAAAAGCGUAAGAAACGCAAGUUGGAGGAGGCCACACCAGAAGAGGGGGCCACGCCAAAGGGAGCCACUCCUGUAGCCACUGGUGGUGACCAGCCACCCAGCACAGGCAAGAAGAGAAAAAGGAUGAAGGCCAAGGUCCUAGCCCAGCCCCAAGGGGAUGGGACCCCUGCUGCCAAGAGCCCAGGCCCUGACACCCUCACCUUGAGCCCCAGCACCCCUGCCAAGACUCCAGAGCUCCAGAAGAAAAGCAGAAAGCUGUCGCAGGUGAAUGGGAACACCCCAGUGUCCCCCACAGAGCCUUCAGGCGAAAAGCAACAUCUGAAAUCUCUUUCCGAAAAGGGAAUCUCAGGCAAGUCCCCACAGUCUGCCCUGUCACGGAAGAAGGCAAGGCUGUCUUUGGUCAGGAGCCCCAGCCUGUUCCAGAGUGGGGGCAGGAAAAAGAAGUUGCUGAGGCAGCAGCUAAAAACACCCUGAGCGCUGGUGCCCACCCCCCCACCCACCCACCCCCGGGUCCCAGUCCCAGUCCCAGUCCCAGUCCCAGUCCAGCAGCCCUUGACAGUCCUGUUUUUUCACAAUUUUAAUAAAGGAGCCUAAGGCAGCAGCUUCUGGUUCCGAGGCCUGGAUCUGUUGCCAGGCUGGCCCCCAGCACAGGUGUCACCACCCCUUGGAUGUGUCCCACCCCUCCCUAAACUCACUGCAGGAACCACCAGGACAUGAUUUAAAUAGGUUUAUUUCUUCAUUUACAAGAGGAAUAUAUUUGGCUUCUCUCUUAAGAUUCUGAGAUUCACAAUCAGCAGCUCUAAAAAAUAAAGGAGCAGUUUGGCUUCCGGAAGGAAGAGGAGGCAA